GUUGUCCUCUAUGGGGCCGGCCGGCGAUUUGGUUUCUUCUUGGGCAAAUGCCCAAAUCCGACGCAGUCGGCAACAAACCAAACCCCGACUCUUCCAACCGGAAGAUCACGCUCAUAUCUAUGAUGCAGAAUCAUGGCCAUGGCUGGCAUAUUUGAUGGGCCAGGCCCCAGAAACCCGCUGUUAG